CUUAAAGGAAAUGACAUGGGAGUACUGGGAUUAUCACUGUGGACUUAUUGGUUAUGUACCAAAGAAAAAGGCUCAACCGUCAACAACACCCCAGGUUUUACCUGAAUCUCGUCAGAAGCAUGGUGCAUAUCAGUCUGUUUUAAUGACUAAAAACUCUCCCAGUGCAACCAGUACAGAAGCGUCAAGGCCGGACAAUCUACCAAGAACUUUCCAUCAAAGCUAUAAACAAGUGCCCGUAUUCCCUCAUAAGAGGAAAGAGCGUGAUCACCCAACUGAACCUGAAAAUUUGAAACAAAAGGACAGAGGAAAUGUCAAUAUUACUAACACAAUGCCUGUCGGUGCUGCUGCUAGUUACUUGGGAGGUGAAGAGGCUGCCAACCUGCUUGAAGAAAACCAAAAACUUCGUGCUCAGUGCUCGGAACAUGAGAAGUGGGUGGAUGAGCUUAAUGCUAAGGUGCUUCUCGUUCGAAAGCAACUAAAAGAAACACAGAAGGAAUAUGGUCGAUUGCUGCUCGAUUUGAAACUAUUGGAAAAGGAAAAAAUCAAACGGGAAAGCUAACAAUAGUGUAUUAGUGUUGUUUAGAUAGGGCAACUUUCUUGCUCUUCUCGUGAGCUCUUGUAAAUGAUUUAUGUAUUUUAAUGGCAGUUUAGGGACACUUUUGUAGAGUUUAAUGUACCCACUAGACUUUUGUUGUUUGUGUGUUGUUCAUUGCAGGCCAGCCAGCCAGAACUGUAUCUCAAAUCCUCCCUCCUUGUAGGGAAAUUUUCAACCCAAAAGGGAAAAAGAAAAAUCUAAGGAAAUUUUUUCAUUUUCUUUCUUUUGAGUACUUACAAUUUCAUUGUUAA